CGCCCUGAAGACUUGCUCCACCUCUCGGGGAGGAGACCCCGAGGACCGAUCUGGGGCACCCUCGGAGCGGAUGGUGAGGGCCACCACCCCGCCACUCUUCUCGCCUUUGCCCCACGACGGUCGUCACUGCCGAAGGGGCCGCCAGCCGCGCGCAUCCUGGUCGCGAGCGCCGACCAGGGGUGCGGAGGGGUGGCGGCGGAGCCCGGCUGCGGCGGGUGCGCCCGAGGCUGGCACCCCGAGGACAACGGCGAGGCCAAGCGGCCGAGAUGUGAAAGUAAAGAAAGGACAUAUAAAAUAACAAAGAUGCUUUUGAGCCAGAAUGUCUCAGCGGUUGGACCACUUAAUUUGUAUCCCAUGGUGCACAUCAGCCUCAUGUUUGGUAUUUCGUACGUUUUGCCUGAUUUUUCAGAUGAAUCUUGCACUUUAAAGAUGACAUUACGAAAUUUGCAGUCAAUCUUAUCAUGGGAAUUUAAAAACCAUUCAGUUGUACCAACUCACUAUACAUUAUGGUACACCAUCAUGAGUAAACAAGAAGAUAUGAAGAUCGUUGGGGACUGUACAAAUAUCACAAGAUCAUUCUGUGACCUAACAGAUGUGUGGGUAAACAUGACAGAGAUGUACAUCCCCAAAGUGGUUGGAUUCAGAGGGAACGCAGCUCUGGUCAGUUGUAUGGGCUCUUUCUUCCUGGCAAUGGACACACUGCCUUUGGACCCACCAGAGUUUGAGAUUAUUCGUUUUACAGACCACGUCAGUGUGAAUGUGAAAUUUCAGUCUGUCGCUCCCAAGAUACUAAAUGAGGAAGAAUUACAGUUUUACCUAGCAUUAAUUGAAGAACAAUCAGGGGGGAUCGUUAAGAAGCAUAAACCCAAAACAAAUGGAAACAUCACUGAAAAUUUCAGUUAUGUCAUCAACAAGUUAAUUCCAAAAACAAACUACUGUGUAUCUGUUUAUUUUGAGCCUAAAGAUCCGAGAAAAAUAAAUAGAUCUCCCUUAAAAUGUACCCUCUUUCAACCUGGAUGGGAAUCAGAGUCAUCAGAAUCUGCCACAAUAGGAGGAAUAAUUACUCUGUUUUUAAUAGCUGCUGUCAUCAUAAGCACUGUAAUGAUGCUGAAACAGAUCGGUUACAUAUGCUUAAGAAAUGAUUUCCCCAAAGUUUUGGUGUUGUGUAUUUACUGUGUGUCCACAUGUUAUAGGUGCUGGGGAUCUAGAUGUGAAUAAAGCAAACAAAAAAUGUGCCCUUAUGGAGCUUAAAGUCUGAAAAAUGGGGGAAGAGACAAUGAUAAUUUAUAGAUGAUAUGACUGGCUAAGUAAGAAAUUCAGCAUCUGGAGACGAAUUAUUAGGACUAAUAAGUUUAGCAAUGUGUUACACACAAAAUAAUCAAUAUAAAAAUGCUUGCGUUUUUAUACACUAGCAACAAUCACUUAGAAAACAAAUAUAUUUUUAUAUAAGUUGCUUUUCAACAUCCAAGAAACUAAGUACACAAAUCAUAGCAAAAAGCUCUGUGAAUUUUCACAAACUCAAUGUACCCACAUAACUCACACCCAGAUCAAGAAAGAAAACAUGACCACCUCCCCAGAAGUCUCUCCUACCUAUUAGUCACUGCCCACAUCCAGGAUAACCACUUUCCUGAUUACUAACAGCAUAGAUUAGUUUUACCUGGUUUUGAACUUGGAAUCAUACAGUUAAAUGGAAUAAUGUGAUUUAAAUGAAAACAUACCGUUUUUAUAAUACCAUUACAAUGGUAAUAAAAAUAUUUUAAAAGCAAGGAAGAUAUCUAACAGAAGAUGUCACAAGCCCAUUGUGGAGAAAAUUAUCUAACCUUAUUGAAAAGCAUUAACAAAGAUCUAGUCAAAUGGAGAUCCCAGAGACAGACCCACAUAUGUGGAAACAUGACUAAUGACAAGUAGGAAUUGCAGUGGGGAAAGGAUUGACAGGUCAAUAAUUGUUAUCUAUAUGGGGGGAAAUGAAAUUGGAUCCCUACCUCACACCAUACGCAAACAUCCAUUUCAGGCUUAUUAUAGACUGUAAUGUGAAAGGCAAAACUGUUAAAAGUUUUAGAAGGCAAUAAAGGAGAUUCUUACUUUGGGGCAAGGAAGAUUCAGCAGAAACCAUGAAGAAAGAAAAGUGAUACAUCUUCUUACAUUAAAGUUGAGAACUUCUUUCCAUCAAAUGUUACCAUAAAGAGAGUAAAAUGUUAAACCAGAGACCGGGGAAAAUUACAUAUAGCAUAAAUAAUCAACAAAUAAUUGGCAUCUAGAUUAUAGAUUGUAUAAAGAGCCCCUAUAAAUCAAUAAGAAAAAUGAUGAACAACCCAAUGGAACAAUUCAUCCCAAGGCUAGGUCUGGAUAGAGUCAGGGAAAAGUAGGCUUGUCAAAUUGGGCAGCCUGAGCAAGAGAACAGAGAGGAGGAGGAUGUCAAUGAUGAUUCCAGGUCUGUGAAAGGAAUCUCGUGACCACCCUCCUCAGCGUGACCCCAUUGUAGCCAGUCUCCUUAGCCCACCUCACCUUCUGUGUCCUGGAGGUGCUGGAUCAGAGCAAGCUGCAGUCUCCCUGCUCUUCUCACCUCUGACCCUUUAGGGGUCACCUGCCUCUUUAAGGUCCUGCAGUCCAGAGGGCUUUGACCCCAGUGGAAAUGGGCUCCCUUGAAUCUCUCCUUACUCACAGUUCCUUGACACCCUUAAGAAUGUCAGCAGUCCAGGGCUGAAAUCUAUCCAGAUUAAAUGGAUAGAUUCCCCUGACAAGCAAGAAGCAGCGAGGAAACAGCAGCAGGAAGGAGCGGGCCAGUCUCUGCUGCAGGCAGCCUCCUGGUUUGAAACCCAGCCUCCACCACUUAGUAUUCCUGAAGCUUGUGACACUUGGGCAAGUUUCGUAACCUCUCUGCCUCAUUUUCUCACCUGUAAAGUGGGGAUAAGAAUAGUAAGCCUACUUCAUAGAGCGGUUGUGAGGGUAAAAUGAAUUAUAACGUGUAGAUGACUAGAAGCAGUGCCCUGCAAAUAGCAAACACUAUGUAACCAUUAGCCAGUAUUGCCGUUGUUGUCGUCAUCGUCCUCAUUACCACCUUCCCCAUCACUGUGUAGUUAACCUCAUUAAGUUUUAUUAUGUCAGAAAGUAAAGAACAAACACUC